CUGGAUCGGUCGAGAGGAUACCCGAUGGACCAGAGGUUGGUGUUGGUGUCGAUGCAGCAAGCUUUACCAGGCUCGAGUACCGAGGAGGUUGCUCCCAUUGAUCCAUGCAGGCUCACAAUGAGCUACGUCGCACCAUACGCUGGCAAAGUAGCGCGGGUGUAUGUGGACGAUAGUCGGAUUUGAGUUUUGGCUCCACCAGACUAGUUCAAGGCGGCUAAAGCUGUUGAUGAACCAGAUAUGCGCUGCUUCGCGAAGUGACCGAAACGAUCCGAGCGUGGCCGUCGGGCUACGGCAGAUCGAUGAGCCUCUCAGCCGUCGUUUUAUGCUCGUCGCGAGGCAGCUUUGGUGGACAUAUGUAACUGGAUCUGGAGCAUUUGAGAGCACGUUUAGGAAGCAGAACGCGUGGCAAGCGCACCGUUACUCCCGAUCCGUGUUGCCAGGUUCAGCUCCUCCCCCUCCUAGCCCUUGUACACACGCCCUCAUUAUCGGUCUACUGAUCGUGGCUGAGUGAAUUCCCGCAGCAUCCCGGUGAGCUUUGCAGGCCACCCAUCCUGACGUGCUGGCCGGUCGUCAAUAGCAAGACAUUGAAUACUUUGCUCGAUGCGGCGUGCACGCCAGAGAGUUACUGAGGCGAGGAUUUGGAAGAC